UUUUUUUAUUUGUUUGUUUUUUAUACUUUGCAAAAACCAAACAUAAACAGUGCCAGUCCAGUCGGUGGCCGUAACACAAAACAAACCCACCAACAGAAAACAGAAGAAGAAGAAGAAGAACCGGAAGCGUCGAAAAGUAGCCGACGAAGAAGAAGCAGUCAGCUGGGAUCAACCAAUCAAUGGCGGCGGGGAGGAAAGGUUUUCUCACUCUUCUCGGCUUUCUUCCUCUAAACGCCGCCUUGGAGUCGCUGUUGUGAAAUCUUGUCUUCCCCCGCAAACCGCCCGAAGAACCGGACCGACCGCCAGCUAUCCUCCCGGCGUUUCUUCCGCGCUGCCCGACCGGUGGAGCCCGCAGAGAUGUCCGACAACGGCGGCUCGGCUGUCGGCCUUCUGUCCUACGAGACGCUGGUUCACGCUGUGGCAGGUGCAAUGGGGAGCGUGACAGCCAUGACCGUCUUCUUUCCUCUGGACACCGCCAAGAGCAGGCUGCAGGUGGAUGAGAAACGGAAAUCUCACUCCACCCCCAUCAUCCUGGCUGAGAUAGCUAAAGAAGAAGGCCUUCAGUCUCUGUACAGAGGCUGGUUCCCAGUUAUCUCCAGCCUCUGCUGCUCCAACUUCGUCUACUUUUACACCUUCAACACGUUGAAGAGGCUGACGGACGCCGGUCCAGGCACGUCCAGACCUGGCAAAGACCUGCUCAUCGGAAUCAUAUCAGGAGUCGUAAACGUGCUCACCACCACUCCCAUGUGGGUGGUCAACACCCGCCUCAAGCUGCAGGGCGUGAAGUUCAGAAACGAGGACCUCCACCAGACCCAGUACAGAGGCAUAUUUGAUGCUUUCUCGCAGAUCAUUGCCAACGAAGGAGUGAGAAGUCUGUGGAAUGGCACUCUGCCGUCUCUCAUCCUCGUCCUCAACCCGGCGGUACAGUUCAUGAUUUAUGAAGCCAUGAAGAGGAAGGCAGGCAAGGGAGGGAGGAAGAUAUCCUCUGCAGAGAUCUUCUUCAUCGGAGCCGUUGCCAAAGCCAUCGCUACUACCGCGACGUAUCCUCUCCAGACAGUUCAGGCCAUCCUGAGGUUCGGUCAGUACAAAGGUGACGGCAAGGGAGGCGUCAUCGGAAGUUUGUCCAACGUUUUGUUCCUGCUUAUGGACAGAAUCAAGAGACAUGGUGUUCUUGGUUUGUACAAAGGCCUGGAGGCCAAGCUGCUGCAGACGGUGCUGACGGCUGCCCUCAUGUUUGUCGUGUACGAGAAGAUCACUGCGGCCACCUUCAAAGUCAUGGGCCUCAACAGGAAACUGAAGCGCUGAGGACACCUGCUGGAAACGGCAUCAGUGCACUUAUCGUCUGUAGGUUUCAUCGGUGCAUGCUGAUGAUGUUUAAAUGGUAGGAUUUGCUUCGAUCGCAUACAUACUGUAAUACAAGUUGAGAUUGGUGCCUUUAGGGCCAAAGAUUCACCACAAUGAGAGGUGGGUUUGAUUCUUUUGAUACCUCCUCGUUCUUAACCUUUACCUGCUUCCAUGUGUGCACUGUGGACCACCUGAAUUCAGCAAGUGUUUUUUUUCCUGUCUGCUGAAUUCAGAAGCUCCUCUAAUUUGAAAAGUUUGGAGGUGAAGUGGCACCAAACCUGACAUGACCUUCUAAAAGGCAAAUUGAAUGUGCUUUUUAAUUUUCACUUGCUGGAAAAACUACGUCAACCUGCCUACAAGUGACGUCACGGCUCACUAUUAAAUUUAGAAACGGAUUUUAAAACAAUCUGGGCAAAAGAUCAGUGAUUCUCGAAGCAAAAGUUUGACAUUUUGGUAAAUGUGCUUAUCCGCUCACUCGUCCACAGUUAACUGCUCCUUUCGAGGGUUUACACGGUUGUCAUGGAUGUACAUGAACCAGCCAACUUAGCUUAGCAUAAAGACAGGAAACGCAGCUCGGCCACUGAAGCUGGCUAAAUAACACGCAGCUUGUUUAAUUCGUUCUUUAUUGGAGCUUCUGGGCAGCUCAGGAUUGAAAGAUGCUGGUUUGCUGGAGAGGGCCAGGCUGCUUCUUGUCUCCCGUUCCCAGCCUUUGUGCUAGUUCAGCAGUGGUUUAGUACUGAAGCGCUACAACUGAGGCUGGUGUUGAUCUUCUAGUUCCUGCAUCACAGAGUUUUCUCCUCUCCAAAGAUGUUUUUAAAAUGAGAUGAAAAUGCACAGAUUUCUUUAAAAUGAAAACUCCUUGUCUUUACUGAACGUGGGCUGAUGAUACCCACCUCAUUGUCUCCUUCCAAACGCUGGGAAAACUCAGUGUCUUUCACAAAACGUCAAACUUUUAAUUCAUCGUCAGGACCUUGCUGCAGUUGAUGAGAGCAGUACUGAAGCGUUGCCUUAAUCUCAGCCACUGGACCAUUCUUCACAUCUUUUAGUAACUUUCAGUUUGAUUUCCUGCAAGAUAGAAACUUUAUGAAAUUACCCUGCAGAUAGAGACUUUUCUUUUUCAUGUGCUGACUUACGAUGUUGUUAUUACACACAAAUGAGCAGUAACAUCAGUGAUGGUGAAGACGGGAAAAGAGCAGCGGUCUGACAAAAUCUGGACCUGCUUUUCCAACUAAAACUGAUCUAAAACUGAGAAUUAGUGCUUAACCGUACAUCCAGAGUUUGUUCCAUGUGUACAGAUGCUGCUGUAGGUACGAAGUGCCUCUAAGAUCCGAUCAUGAAACACUGCACUAUGAAAUGACAUAAACUACGUGACGACUGUUGAUUUAUACUGAGUUCCAUUAUUCAUGUCACUGUGAGCAGCGUAGUCAGGGAUUCACUUCCAUGUGUGCGCUCUGUGAUUUGGUAAAUGGAUGUCGAUGCCGCCUCUCGCCUCAUUUGAGGGUGGAUUCGCUCCUUGUGGUGCCGUUAAACUGGCUCAGUAGUGAGCAGUGGUGAAUGUGUGGCAGUAAGUGAAGCAGCAGCGCGAGCCGAUCAGGACAAUACGUACACGAUGGGUGUUCAUUACUGUAUUACUGGUAACAUACUUGAUGUUUACAUGAAAAUACUUUGUCAUCUUCCUUUAUUUACAUCACGUUUUGUUUUUUUUAACAUAUUCUUUUCUAAUUUUGUCUAAAUUACAUUAACACUGUUUUUGGGGAUUUAAAUUAUUGUGGUAACUGGGGAGCAUUAAAGUUUGACCGUA